GAUGCCUUUAAGUACCUGAGCCAGCUACGAUCCCUCAACAUCAGCGACUGCAAAAUAAAAGGUUCACAUUUUUCAAAGAAUCUUCUCGCACCUCUGACGAAACUUUUUGCCCUUGACAUUUCCUUUAAUCCCAUAAAUGCCAUGCGCUGCCUCGAGGAGGCUUUAACUGGCAUCAGUAACUCAAGCCUCUCAGUUCUUGUGCUCAACGAUGUCUUCUCACGUUACCAAAAAGCUGUGACUGUGACGAAACAGGUCGUUGACAAACUGCCAAGGAAGCUUCUUUAUCUUGAAGCCAGAGAAAACUGCAUAGAAACCUUUGACCCGGAUGUCAUAGAAAUACUUCCCAAGACCCUGAAAUACAUCGAUGUGGGUAACAACAAAUUCAUCUACGGGAAGUACUUUCUAAACCUGACGGCGUUGGAAAAUUUGGAAACACUAAUGUUGAACGGCGGGGGGUUCCUUCACUCAUUUCCCUCGGCUUUCUUGCCUCGUUCUUGACGAUCUCGACUGGGGAUGUUCCCGCAGCUGGUAGGCGGCAAGACAAACAAAGAAAAUCCAUUAGUGUUCAAACUCCCACCCAAGUUACAAUACUUGGAUAUAAGCAUCUCAGGGUUAGAAUACGCCAUAUUUAGAAUCGAACUGAGUCACAACAAUUCUUUGAGAUAUUUAAAUAUGGGAUCCAACUACUUUCCCGUUUUUCACGACCCCUUCAUCGGAUUUGAAAAUCUUAUUUACAUGGAUUUAAGUAAGGCAUCGAUUGAAUAUUUUGGGGAACAUUUCUUCUCGGGCUUCAAAUCGCUGAAGCAUCUGAGACUGGCCUCGAACAACCUGGGGAAAUGGUUGGACAAGGAGAACAGAAAACCGUUCAGUUGCCUCAAAAACCUCACCACGCUUGACCUGUCCAACACUCAAAUAAUUCACUUUGGCUCCGAUGUUUUUAAUGGACUCAGCAACGUUGAGGUGCUGUUGCUGGACAUGAAC